AUGCGUUCCGUCAUCUCAUUGCUCGCCUUUUCAUCGUCUGCUCUUGCGAGCUGGACCCAGAACUUGAACUACCGCAGUCCUUCUGAUCACCAUCCUGGACUUGGUAUCUCUCUUCACAAGGUCAACAAGCGCAAUGUGCCUGGCACUCAGUACACGGCUUCUCAGCUGAACUUCACUCAUGGUGUUGCUUCUGGUGACCCAUACUCGGACUCUGUCAUUCUGUGGACUCGUGUAGCUCCCAUGUUUGACAAUGUCAACGACAACACCACCGUCUCUGGUUAUGCGCCUUUGUAUGGCCAUGGCGCUAACUUGACUGCCAGUACUGCUCCUGUUUGUGUGCAGUACAAGGUGGCCAAGUCUGCCAACUUUACACAUGUCGAGAGCAGUGGCACCGUCUACACUUCGUCUGACAUCGAUUACACUGUCAAGGUUGAGGCCAAGAACCUGACUGCCUUCACUCGCUACUACUACCAGUUCAAUGUUUGCGGAUCCAACAAGACCAGUCCUCUUGGCCGUACCAAGACUGCUCCUGAUGCCAAUGACUACACUGCCGAGGUUGGACUUGCUGUCUACUCGUGCAGCAACUUCCCCUUCGGAUUCUUCAACGCCUACGGAAAUCCUGUGCGCAAGGACUCUGUCGACUAUGUCAUUCACCUCGGUGACUACAUCUAUGAAUAUGCUGGCGACGGUGAUUAUGGCUACGGCUACAGCAUCAACCGCAUCCCCAAGCCCGAACGUAUCAUCACCACCCUCUACGACUACCGCGAGCGCCUCGCUACCUACCGUACCGAUCUCGAUCUCCUCGCUUCCCACCAGAACUUCCCUUGGAUUCCUGUUUGGGACGACCACGAGGUUUCGGACAACACAUACCGUGAUGGUGCUUCAGAGCUCAACAACACCGAGGCCUCGUUCAUCAGCGAUGGCGGUGUUUCAGUUGAUCAGAGAAAGAUGAAUGCUGUCAGAGCUUACUUUGAAUGGAUGCCUAUCCGUCAAGUCGAGAUGGAUGACAACCUUCGUAUCUGGAGAAGCUUCAGCAUUGGCAGUUUGUUUGACUUGGUCAUGCUUGAUACUCGUCAGUACGACAGAUCUAUCACUGAUCUCUACUGGAACACCGACUACGUCCACGACAUUAGCAAUGACGCUGGAAGAAGUAUGAUGGGCAGCAGACAAGAGAACUGGUUCUACAACCAGCUGACUCAAUCUGCCAACCGUGGUACUGCCUGGCGUCUGAUUGGUUCGCAGACUGUCUUCUCCCGUGUCAACGAGUCCGCCGCUUACGGCAACACCAACCCCCUCGACUACGACGCCUGGGACGGCUACCAAGCAAACCGCAACCGCACCCUCUCCCACCUCUACAACAACGGCAUCGGCAACAACAUCGUCAUGUCCGGCGACUCCCACGCCUCCUGGGUCUCUGACCUCGUCUGGCUCGACCACGAACACUACAACUCCUCCACCGGCAACAACAGCAUCGGUGUCGAAUUCGCCGGCUCCGCAGUCUCCUCCCCUUGCCCCUACGGCCAAAACAUCACUCUCCAACAAGCCAACAAUUACUCCUCCUGGUUGGUCCACGCGAACGAAGAGUUGCAAUGGCAAGACCUUUACUACAGAGGUUACUUUGAACUUCACGUCGCUUAUGAUCAAGUCACGGCAAAUUACUUUGGCAUGCCCACUAUUAUCAACAGAAACCCUGAUGAAAUCUCUCUGGCCAAUUUCACCGUCAAAUCUGGUGCUAACAAAUUGCAACGCCCUGUUGCUGGUGGACUUGUUGAAUCUGGAGCGUUGAAGUUGGGUCAGGUCAAGCAGACUAAUGCUACCAAUAACACAGAAACUGGUGUUUGGUUUGUUAGUCAGGCUAAUGUGGAGGACAUCUGA